AAAAAUAAAAUUAGUGCUCCUGAUGUGGGCCUUGAACCGGGAUUAUCACAUUGAGCGCCUCGCGCUCUAUGGACUGAGACAGCCGGAGGCGGAGCUGCCGGAAGUCACGCAUUCCUAGAGCGCCUGCCCCGUUGCCUAGCGACAGAAGAGCAGGUUCCGGUCACAUCGGCCGGAAGUUCCGGUCAGAUGGUACUAGAAAGGGGGCGUGGCUUGCGGCAAAGGGGAGGAAAGCGGAAGUGCUGCCGUUGGUUGGCGGAGUUCGCACCAUAGAGGAACGACGGCGGCGGUGGGAGGGAGGGAGGUAGUGUGGACCCCGGGGAGGGCGCUGAGGGGAGCGGUGAGGCCCGAGGAGGGAGCGGAGCUUGCGGGGGGUGCGGGGCCUCGAGGCGGGCCCCAGCGCUUCGCUGUGGGGCAGGAGAAAGGCUUCGGGGCAGGAGGAAGACGGCCUCGGGGCCUCCCCAUGGAGGCGGUGGGCGACGAUGGGGCGUCGUCGGGGCGGCUGAACCCCGUGGAGACGCUGCAGGAGGAGGCGAUCUGCGCCAUCUGCCUGGACUACUUCGUGGAGCCGGUGUCGAUCGGCUGCGGGCACAACUUCUGCCGGGUGUGCAUCGCUCAGCUGUGGGGCGGAGGAGAGGCCGAGCUGGAGGAGAGCGGCGGGGCCGCGGCACUGGAGGAGGAGGAGGAAGAGCUGGAGGAGGAGGAGGAGGAUGAGCUGGGGGAGGAAGAGCUGGACGUGGAGCAGGAGGAGGAGGAGGAGGAUGGAGGCGGGGAGGAGGAGGAGGACGACAUGUGGAGCGAGGAGGAGGACGAUGGAGAGCUGUGGGAAGACCCCGUGGAGGAGGAGCUGUGGGACGGAGGGGUGCAGGGAGAGCUCUACUUUGGGGGGGACGAUGACUAUGAUGAGGAUGUGAUGGAGGAAGAUGUGGAGGAAGAAGAGGAGGAGGAGGAGGAAGCGCAGAGCCCUCCGCCCCCCGUCCUGCCUGCCCGCCCUCGCCGCCUGCAGACCUUCACCUGCCCCCAGUGCCGCAAAACCUUCUUCCAGAGGAAUUUCCGACCCAACCUCCAGUUGGCCAACAUGGUGCAGAUCAUCCGGCAGCUCCACCCGCACCCGCAGCGCCUCGCGCCGCCCGCCGGCCCCUCAGCCUCGGGGGGUCCUGGGGGGAACCCAGGGGUCCUGGUGGCAACGGGAGGUCGGGGGUGUCCGAAUCUGUGCGAGAAGCACCAGGAACCCCUGAAGCUGUUCUGCGAGGUGGAUGAGCAAGCGAUCUGCGUGGUGUGCAGGGAGUCGCGGAGCCACAAGCAUCACAGCGUCGUGCCCCUGGAGGAGGUGGUACAGGAUUAUAAGUACAAACUCCAGAGCCACUUGGAGCCUCUGAAGAAGAAGCUGGACGCGGUGCUGAAGCAGAAGUCAAACGAGCAGGAGAAGAUCACAGAGCUGAGGGAAAAGAUGAAGCUGGAAAUCAAGGAAUUUGAGUCCGAUUUCGAGCUGCUCCACCAGUUCCUCAUCGGGGAGCACGUGCUGCUCCUGCACCAGCUGGAGGAGCGCUACGAGAGCUUGCUGGCCCGGCAGAGCAGCAACAUCAGCCAGCUGGAGGAGCAGAGCGCGGCCCUCAGCCGCCUUAUCGCGGAGGCGGAAGAUAAGAGCAAACAGGACGGGCUGCAGCUGCUCAAGGACAUCAAAGGCACUUUUCUCAGAUGUGAGAACAUCAAAUUCCAGGAGCCUGAGAUGGUGCUGGUGGACGUGGGGAAGAAAUACCGCAACUAUUUCCUGCAGGACGUGGUGAUGAGGAAGAUGGAGAAAGCCUUCAGCAAAGUCCCACAGGCCGACAUCACGCUGGACCCCGACACCGCCCACCCUCGCCUCAGCCUCUCCCUGGACCGUCGCAGCGUCAAGCUGGGCGAACGCCGCCAGGACCUCCCCGACAACCCCAAACGCUUCGAUUCCGAUUACUGCGUGCUGGGCUCCCAAGGUUUCACCACGGGCCGUCACUACUGGGAGGUAGAAGUCGGGGGCCGGAAAGGUUGGGCGGUGGGGGCUGCACGCGAGACGGCUCGACGUAAAGAAAAAACCAUGGGGCCUCAUCAAAAAAGGGAGAUCUGGUGCGUUGGCACCAACGGGAAGAAGUACCAAGCGCUGACGGCCACGGAGCAGAUGGCUUUGUCGCCCAGCGAGCGGCCCAGGCGCUUCGGCGUCUACCUGGACUAUGAACGGGGUCAGCUUUGCUUCUACAACGCCGAGAGCAUGACCCACAUCCACACCUUCAACGCUUCCUUCCACGAGCGCAUCUUCCCCUUUUUCCGAAUCCUGGCUAAGGGCACUCGCAUCAAAAUCUGCACCUGAUGGCCCUCCCGCUCCUCAUCUUUUUUCCCUUUUUCCACCCCCCCAGCCUCGUCCUUUGGGUCCCACUGUGGGAUCCAGCGCUGCACUUGUUGUCUCGCACCUGCUUGCUCACAAGGCCUCUUCCCUCCUCUCUCCUGUCCCCACCUUUGUCCUCGUCCCAACUCUUCUCCGGGGUCGUGAUCCCAAGCUGGUUUGGUUUGGAGAAGGGAUCCAAUCUCCUUGCUGGAGGUUUUCCCUUCAGCUCUUGGUGCUAGGGGCUCCCCUCCACCUUUCCCAGUCCUCGCAGCUUUUUUUCCAGCGUGCUCUUCCCUGUUUUUUUUUUAAAGCCUGUGGUCGAGCUUUGCGUUGUUUGCUCUCUUUGGAUCAGAGCUCGAGCUGAGGAUGCUGGAGUCUGUACAUUGUGGAACGGGCGCUGCUCUUGCCCUCUUGAACAUCGCUUUUUCAGAGUCAUCAGCUUUUCACCCAAAUGCACCAAGGAGCCUCUUUUUUUCUUUUUAUUUUUCAGUUUUGGGGCAUCACCUUCUGCCCUCUCCCCACCCAGCUGCCAUCUGGACCUCAAACCUUCAAUGUUCUCCUGUUCUGCCGCUUGUCCACCUUCCCCUUUUGCUCUUCUUCCCCCUCUGGGGGGUCUCCAGCUCUCCCUCUGCCCCAUCAUUCCCUCGCCAACCAUUUCUUGUGGGCCUGGCACUUUAUUUAGGGCCUCCUAGGCCGGGGAGGGUGCAAAAAUUGGGCAAUUUCCACCUCUGAGGCCGUUCAGAGCGCAGCAUCGCACCGGGCCGCAGUGGUGGGAAGCGGCCUCGUUUCCCCUCGCAGCUUAAGAGCUCUCUGAGGUGGGGAUAUUUAUUUUCUCUUCCCUUUUCUCAGCUGCUGUUGAAUUUCCAGCUGAAUCCUGUCCCACCAGAGAGACUCUGAUCGCACCCUGUUGUGUUUUACUUCUUUUUGUUGGUGGAUUGGUAUUUUUUUUUUUUUUCUGUUGGCGUUACAGAGCUAGUUCAAAAUAUUUUUGGCUAAAAUAAUUAAAUGGAGAUCUAGUUUUUUGAAAUGUCAAGAAAUAAUAAUAAUAAAGAAUAAAGUUUUAAAGCUGA